AUGGACACGCUGCGAAGGAGCCUUUCUCGCUGGAAGAGGUACCACAUUAAGGUGCACCUGGCUGACGAGGACCUGAUGAUGCCCCUGACGGUCAAGCCUAGAGACACAGUGAUGGACCUACGGGCUCACUUAGUACGGGAGGGCGUCACUUCCUGGAAGAAGACAUUUUAUUACAACUCCAGGCAGCUCGAAGAGCACGAGACUCUCAAAGAAGCCAAUAUCCAGAAUGGCUCUGUCCUGCUUCUUGUCAGCAAUAAAAGAUGAUGCCAAAGAGCACAGCCAAAGCCAUGAGAGACGGGGAGCGUGACAAGGGCUGAAGGGAAGCAGAUGGAAGAG